UUCAUUCACGUCACUGACUGACAGCGUUUUGGUAGUGCCGACUGAGUUACAGUUAUUUAUCUCGAAUUAUUUUUCAUGUGUUUCGAUCUGAAAAUCGAGAAAACCGUAGUGUUCUUGUAUCAAUCCACACUACUACACUAGUACUACGUGACUUUCCAUCAACUUACUAUGGCGGCUACAAGCAAUCCUUACGAGAGAUUGCUGAGGACAAUUGAGAUUAACAAUAAAACUUACAAGUAUUACGACCUUGCAUCUUUUGGCGCCAAAUAUGAUCGUCUCCCGUACAGCAUCAGGGUGCUUCUGGAGUCCUGCGUGAGGAACUGCGACAACUUCCAAGUACUGGAGAAGGAUGUGCAGAACGUCCUCGAAUGGGAGAAGAAUCAGGCGCAGGAUGCUGUGGAAAUUGCCUUCAAACCCGCACGGGUUAUAUUGCAGGAUCUGACAGGUGUACCUGCAGUGGUAGACUUCGCAGCCAUGCGUGAUGCUGUACGGGACCUAGGUGGGGACCCUCAGAAGAUCAACCCUAUUUGUCCAGCUGAUCUGGUCAUUGACCAUUCCGUGCAAGUGGACUUUGCUAGGACACCGGACGCACUGAACAAGAAUCAAGAAUUGGAAUUUGAAAGAAACAAGGAGAGAUUUCAAUUUUUAAAGUGGGGUGCCCAGGCGUUUGAUAACAUGUUGAUAGUGCCCCCAGGAUCUGGUAUUGUUCAUCAGGUGAACUUGGAAUAUUUGGCGCGAGUGGUGUUCUCCGGUGAUACGCUGUACCCAGACUCCGUGGUGGGGACAGACAGUCACACAACCAUGAUAAACGGCCUCGGCGUCGUCGGCUGGGGCGUUGGUGGAAUUGAAGCGGAAGCCGUGAUGCUGGGGCAGGCUAUCAGCAUGCUGCUACCCAAAGUGGUGGGCUACAAGCUGGUCGGGGAGCUGAACCCGUUAGCGACGUCUACCGACCUGGUCCUCACCAUUACGAAGCAUUUACGUUCCCUGGGCGUGGUGGGGAAGUUUGUGGAGUUCUUCGGACCUGGAGUGUCUGCUCUUAGCAUAGCGGACAGAGCAACGGUAGCCAACAUGUGUCCGGAGUUCGGUGCCACGGUCGCACACUUUCCGGUGGACAACCGCUCGCUGGGCUACCUCGCUCAGACAAAUCGUGAUAGCAGCAAGAUAAAGCUGAUUGAGGAAUAUCUACGAGCAACGAAGCAAUUCAGAGAUUACAAUAACGCGAAUGAAGAUCCUAUUUUCUCUGAGGUGGUAGAAUUGGAUCUGUCGACAGUUGUGACGUCAGUAAGUGGACCCAAGAGACCCCAGGACCGCGUCUCCGUGUCCGUGAUGAAGAAGGACUUCCAAGAAUGUCUCACUAAUAAGGUCGGUUUCAAAGGCUACGGGCUGUCUCCAGCUCAGUUGUCAUCAUCAGGCAGCUUCACCUUCAGUGAUGGGAGUACGUACAGCAUCACCCACGGCUCAGUCAUCAUUGCAGCUAUCACCUCGUGUACCAAUACGUCCAAUCCGAGCGUCAUGCUCGGGGCUGGUCUUCUGGCGAAGAAAGCCGUCGCCAAUGGGCUGAAGGUACUGCCGUAUAUCAAGACCUCACUGUCACCAGGAUCUGGAGUGGUCACCUACUAUUUGAGGGAGUCCGGUGUGAUCCCAUACCUGGAGAAGCUGGGCUUCGACAUCGUGGGCUACGGGUGUAUGACGUGUAUUGGAAACUCUGGUCCCAUUGAUGAUAAUAUUGCAAACACUAUUGAGAAGAACGAGCUGGUCUGCUGCGGCGUGCUGUCGGGCAAUAGGAACUUCGAGGGUCGUAUCCACCCCAACACGAGGGCUAACUACCUCGCAUCUCCGCUACUGGUCAUAGCUUAUGCACUGGCAGGAACUGUUGAUAUUGACUUCGAAACUCAACCAUUGGGUACACGUGCUGACGGCUCGUCGGUGUUCCUCAGGGACAUCUGGCCCACCAGGUCUGAAAUACAAGAGGUGGAGAAUCAGUUCGUCAUACCAGGCAUGUUUAAGGAGGUGUACGGCAAAAUCGAACUGGGGUCCCCGUCGUGGCAGGCGCUGGAUGUGCCCCAGGGGAAACUGUAUGGUUGGGACGUCAAUUCUACAUACAUCAAGAAACCACCGUUCUUCGCUUCUAUGACCAGGGAUCUGCCACCCGUCCGCAGUAUCAGUCAGGCGCGGUGUCUGUUGCUAUUGGGAGAUUCAGUGACCACAGAUCACAUCUCUCCUGCUGGCUCCAUCGCUCGCAACUCGCCUGCUGCCAGAUUCCUCGCGGAUAGAGGUCUGACUCCGCGGGAAUUCAACUCGUACGGGUCUCGACGUGGGAACGACGCGAUCAUGUCCCGCGGAACGUUCGCCAACAUCCGCCUCGUCAACAAAAUGUCGCCCACCGCCGGGCCCAGGACCACGCAUCACCCCAGCGGUGAUGUCAUGGACAUAUUCGAUGCGGCCGACAGAUAUGCGUCAGAGAAUGUGCCAUUGAUCGCAAUUGUGGGGAAGGACUAUGGAUCUGGUUCCAGUAGAGACUGGGCUGCGAAGGGACCUUAUUUACUGGGCAUCAGGGCGGUGAUAGCGGAGUCGUUCGAGAGGAUCCACCGGUCGAACCUGGUGGGGAUGGGCAUCAUGCCCCUCCAGUUCCUGCCCGGGGAGAACGCAGAGACCCUCGCGCUGACCGGCUCCGAGCAGUACUCCCUCCAAGUGCCGGAGAACAUAUCGCCUGGUGAUCUCCUCACUGUUGAGGUGAGCACAGGCAAAUCAUUCCAAGUGAAAGUACGCUUCGACACAGAAGUGGAUCUCACCUACUUCAAAAACGGCGGCAUCCUCAACUAUAUGAUUAGAAAGAUGUUGUAAUAUAUAUUUUUAUAUACUGGUAACACUUUAUAUAUGUUGUCUAUACACUUGUAUCUAUUGCAGCCCAAUUAGAUAUAAUGGAACAAUUAUUAUACAUAUAUACUAGCUGAGCCGCGUAACUUCGUCUGCAUUACACAAGCUUGAUAUUUAUCAUUAUACUAGCCAACCACCCCGGCUUCGCACUGGUGUACAUGUAUUAUACAUAUAUCAUUAUUACAUCUAUGUAGGUCGCAGUGCUACAGGUGCUACAGUCCUGACAAUAGCCCAUACAACCCAAUAAAUAUAUUACAUAUAAAUCUUCCUCUUGAAUCACUCUAUCUAUUAAAGAAAUCGCUUCAAAAUCCGUUGCGUAGUUUUAAAGAUUUAAGCAUACAUAGGGACAGACAGCGACAGCGACUUUGUUUUAUACUAUGUAAUGAUUUCGCCAAAUUUAUAUAAUAUCUUUUUAAAUUAUAGCCUAUAUGUUAUUCUGAUGUAUAAGUUAUAUU